AUGGCAUACCGUCAGCUUCAGAGGACGAUCUCAUCUGACCCGUCAGACCCAGAUGAAGACGAGACCAAAGAACCCCAAAUUCCCGAAGUCAGCCAGGUCGGCAAGCUUGCCGAGUUCUUCUACCUGAGUCUGACGCGCCUCCAAGUCCUUUUCCUCUCAGCUCCUCUAGUACGAGUCCUGAGGGACAAACAAUCCUCAUCCUCUUCAUCAUGGUCGGGUCACAUGUUCGGUCCCCUCUCGGCCCAAGGCCUCUUCAACUCUCACUAUAUCGAGCCUAUGUUCCUCUGGUGGGGAAUGAAUACCCGCAUCCUCCUUGGCCCAUCCAUUGGCCGCGUCUCCGUCCUGGACUCGUAUGGCAGGACCAUGAAGAGCUGUAUCAACGGGGCCUCGCACAACUACGCAGGCUCCUACCUCGUCAACGAAAUAUCCGAGGCCAUUCACAGUCUCUGUCUGGACAACCUCCCAGUGACGCUCCGCUCGGGACCGAUGUACGACACGGUUCGUGCAGAGCUCGCCACCUUCUGGUCGGCCGACUUUUGCAUCCCGACGACAACGGGCUACGGAUCAAACUACCUGGCCCUGCCGAGGCUCCUCGCCCUGCUCCGUGAGCGCGGCGGCACUGUUGCCGUCUUUUGCGAUAGUCAUUGCCACAACUCAAUCUUCACGGGCGUCUACCUCGCCAUCGGCCGGCUGGGUGGUGUGACCCUUCGUAGGUUCCCGCACAACGAUGCCUCACUGCUCGAGGACAUGCUUCGUGAGAGCAAAGCCUCGGUCAAGCUGGUCGUGGUCGAGGGCCUCUACAGCAUGGAGGGAGACGUGCCACCACUGCCGGCGCUCGCCAGACUCAAGGAGGCGUACGGCUUCGUCCUGUACUGCGACGAGGCGCACUCCUUUCUAUCCCUGGGACAGUCCGGCCGGGGCUGUUUCGAACUUGCCAAGGACCGUGGAACGAUGUGCGACCAGGAUCCUGUAGACAUUCGCACCUGCACGCUUUCCAAGGCUAUCGGCGGAAUCGGCGGCUGCAUCGCAGGCAGACAAGAGUUCGCGUCAUGCUUCGCCGACAUGCCGCCGCAGCCCGUGUCGACGGCCACACUCGCUCAAGCUCUCUGGCUCAUCCGACAGCCCAGCCUGGUGCGCCGUAACCUUGCCCGUCUCGCCGCCACGGCCGGCUUCUGCCGCCGAGAGCUGUCCCGGCAGGGUGUUUUCGUUUACGGCGGCGGCGAAGACGCCACACCCAUCCUUCCCGUCUGGACGGGUCGCUCCAGCACCUCUGCGCGCUUCUCGUACGAGCUCCGUCGCCGCGGCGUGCUGGCCAGCCCCGUGACCACGCCGGCCGUACCGUUCUGGGAGAGUCGCGUGCGCGUCAACCUCUCGGCCGACUUUGAUGCCGAAGAUGUCGAGAGACUGGUAUGCACCAUUGUCGACGUCGCUAGGGCGACGGGAGUAGCGACUCGGUCUGUCAGACGCCAGGCGGCCAAGUUUGCUCCAGCGAGGCUGGGAAUGCCCGGGGAUAACGAGAACGCGGACAAAAGUGAGGAGGAAGGGCGCGGUGUAUUGGAAUCAAUCAAGACCCUCGUCAUCCAGCAGUCGCAACUGCAACCCCAGAAGAGGCCCUGCCCCCUGACAACGGCCGGCCAUGCCGCUCGCCGGCGUUACGGCCUCGCGUCGGGCGGCUCGCGUUGGAUAGCGGGCACCUUUCCCUCACACGUGGCCGUCGAGAGCCUCAUUUCUGCGGCUGUCGGCAGCGAAGCCACAAUGACCUUUCAAGAUGCGGACGUCUCGCUCGCAUCCACUAUCGCCGCGUUGGCGCGUCCUUUGCUCGGUGCAAAGAGACAUGUCAUGCUCUUCCCCGCACACCCGGAAAGCCACCUCGUCGAGGACGGGCUCUUGCUGAUCCCGCCGAGUGCAAAGGGAGAAGGCCGACUGCGCGUGGUCCGCUACGCCGAUCUCAAGGACCUAGCCCACUGCGCGAUCGAAGCUGGGACUGGGCAGACCUGCCUCACUAUUUACGUGGAGCUGGCCGGGUCGACGCCGGCAGCCGAGCUCGUGCGUGCGUCCCUCAGCCGGGUUGCCCGGUGCGUCGGAGGCAAGACGUCAAUCACUGUGCUUGUGCGUGACGCCAGGGUACCAGCGGCGACAUCCCGGCCGGACCUCGUACGCAUCGACGAGGUUGUUCCUCGGGAUGAGCGCAUGCACGCCCUGCUCUUUGGUAUUUGCGCCUCCGCCGACGUGGAGGUGGGAUACCUUACUGGGCCAGAGAAUCUAAUCAGGGAGCUGCGGUACACGAGCCGCGGUUACAUGUAUACAACUUCAGUACCGCCUUUUGUGAUGGGUAUAAUAGCCGCUGCAUUGGAGAGCACUCUGAGCAAAGAAAGUACUGUGUAUUAG